AUGAUUCCAUACAUUCAAUUCUUCAUCAUCAUCAUCUUAACCACAAUCUUCAACCCAAUAACUUCAUAUUCAUCACCAUCUUCAAACUUGACACUGAUUGGGUCAACCCAUUUCGACAAAAACAACACAAUCAUCUUAACUCAAGAACAACCCACAACCCAAACUUGCAAAACUUCCCCAUCCAUUGGCAGAAUCCUUCAUUCUAACCCGAUUCGUUUUGUUAACUCUUCAUCAAACGACACCGUUUCAUUCUCCACCCGUUUCACAUUCAGCAUUACUCCUCAAUCCCCACAUUGUCUCCCUGGUGACGGUAUUGCUUUCUUGAUCACUUCUGAUCCCAAUUCUUUACCACAUUCUUAUGGAUAUUUGGGUUUGCCUGAUUCCUCUGUUUUUGGCCCGUUUUUCGCAAUUGAGUUCGAUACUUUAUAUAACCCGGGUUUUGGUGAUAUUAAUGAUAAUCAUGUUGGGGUUGAUAUUAACUCUGUUAUUUCUGUUGCUUCUGUUGAUUUGAUGACUAAAGGGAUUGAUUUGAAAAGUGGGAAACAGGUUACAGUUUGGGUCGAAUACAGAAACCCGGAAAAGAUUAUCCGGGUAUGGGUUGCGUAUUCGGAUACCAAACCGGGGAAAUCGAUUCUUUCAGUUCCGAUUGACGUUUCUAUCCUCUUUAAUGAGUUUAUGUAUGUCGGGUUUUCGGGCUCAAAUGGCAGGGGAUCCUCUGUACAUUCAAUUGAAAGAAUACAGUUUCAUGUAUUUGAAACAUUAGCACCACCCAAUAUGCAAAUGGAAACAAAAAGUUCAAGAAACUGUUUACUUUGUUAUCCAGAAGAUCCGGUUUUCGCAGGAGAAGAUGAGGAGGGAUUCGGAGUAUCAAGUCAUCAGAGUAAUAAAGAUAAAAAUCGGGUUCUUGAAAUCGGGCUCGGGCUUUUGUUUGUUACACCAUUUCUCCUCAUUGUUGCAGGUGUUCUCAUAAUUUACUGCUUUUGUGUUAAGAAGAGACGAUCAAUUAAACGAAAAUGUGAACACCCCCAAAUGUAUCGUUUUCAAGAAACCGAAGUGCCCAAAAGGCUAAAAUUAUCGGAUAUUACAUUAGCUACUAAAGGGUUUGAUCAGAAUCGGAUAAUCGGUGAGGGUGCGUCCUCGGUUGUUUAUGAGGCAAAUUUGCCUUCUUGUGGAAAUGUUGCGGUUAAACGGUUUAGCAAAGUGAACCAAUCGGGUUCGUUUGGGAAUCAGUUUGCAACCGAGCUUGCGACAAUGGUGGGGUGUUUACAUCAUAAGAAUUUAGUACAGCUUCAUGGAUGGUGCUGUGAAGGGAAUGAAUUGGUGUUGGUUUAUGAGUACAUGCCAAACGGGUCACUCGAUAGGAUUCUUCACAAACGAACGAAUGUGAACAGACUGUUAACAUUCGAGAAACGUUUGAAUAUACUUCUUGGGGUGUCGUCAGCUCUCGUGUAUUUACACGAGGAAUGUGAAAGACAGAUCAUACAUCGCGAUGUGAAAACGUGUAAUAUAAUGUUGGAUGCUGAUUUCAUUGCGAAAUUGGGGGAUUUUGGAUUGGCUGAAGUCUAUGAGCAUAGUGCUAGGCAACGUGACGCCACGUUGCCAGCUGGAACAAUGGGGUAUUUGGCACCGGAAUAUGUGUAUUCCGGUGUACCUAGUGUGAAAACCGACGUUUACAGUUUUGGGGUUGUGGUGUUGGAAGUGGCGUCAGGGCAGCGUCCUGUUAAUGAGGACGGCGUGGUGGUGACUGACUGGGUCUGGGAUUUAUGGGAAAAGAAAAUUUUGAUAGCUGCUGCUGACCCAAAUUUAAUGGGUCGGUUUGAUAAAGUGGAUAUGGAGCGGAUGUUGAUGGCUGGCCUCAUUUGUGUGCACCCGAAUCAUCAGUUGAGGCCAACAAUGAAGGAGGCUGGAAGGAUGUUACGAGGUGGGUUGGUACCGGAUUUGCCAACGAGGAAGCCUGUUGUUAUGAUUCAGUCGGUUUUGCCAGAUAGGGCAUCCAUGGAGAUAGUGGCGAAAAAUGGUGGUAGUGAUGAGACUGAUUCACCAUGGUCUACUCCCAGAACACAUUUUAGUAAGGCUAAUUGAUUUGCUGUAGUGAAUUUUGUUUUCUGAUAACUUGCUGCUUGAU